UGCGACAUUCAUUUGUGGAUUUCCGGAGCCACGACAUUCCAACUACAUACUUACAGUCACAGUUCAAGAGGAGCGGGCCGCUGUCCGGGCCGCACGAAAGUAACACUGCGGGUGACUUGUGUCACAAGGCAUCAAGUUUUCGCACGUUGUGCAAAGGUAGCCAAAAGCCUCUCGUCAACAGGCACGCCGAGCACGCCGACACCCUCCGCCUCCUUCAAGAACACUUCAGCACAGCCCGAGGACCCAAAAAGCACUUGAAGCGCCUGAGCGCCCCCUCUUCAUGGAUGUUGGAUAAGCUGAGCGGGACAUAUGCACCUCGCCCGUCUCCUGGUCCUCACAAACUCCGCGAAUCGCUCCCUCUCACCGUCUUCCUCCGCAACAGGCUAAAGUACGCUCUUACCGGCCGUGAAGUUACCGCUAUCGUCAAGCAGCGCUUGGUCAAAAUCGAUGGAAAGGUCCGCACGGAUCCCACCUACCCCGCUGGAUUCAUGGGUGUGAUCUCCCUCGAGAAAUCUGGAGAGCACUUCCGCCUUCUCUAUGAUGUCAAGGGUCGCUUCACCAUCCACCGCAUCACCCCUGAGGAAGCCACCUACAAGCUCCUCAAAGUCCGUCGAGUUGCCAUUGGUACCGGUGGUGUCCCCCACGUCGUCACCCACGACGGUCGCACCAUCCGCUACCCCGACCCCCACAUCCGCGUCAACGACACCGUCAAGUUUGAUCUGGAGCAGGGUAAAAUUACUGACUUCGUCAAGUUCGACACCGGAAACAUCGUCAUGAUCACUGGUGGCCGCAACAUGGGCAGGGCUGGUGUCAUUGUGCACCGAGAGAAGCACAUCGGAGGAUUCGAUAUCGUGCACGUUAAGGACUCUCUGGACAGGACGUUCGCUACUCGGAUUAGCAACAUCUUCGUCAUCGGUGAGGGCAUCAAGCCUUGGGUGUCCCUUCCCAAGGGCAAGGGUACCAAGCUCACCAUCUCGGAAGAGCGCGACGUCAGGAGAAAGCGUGCAGCGGAGUAGU